UAUCAUUAUAUAUGAUUUAACAGUUCUUUAUAUAUUGCACGCAUAUUCUGCAAUGUAUAUUGUUACUGACAAUUUUAUCAUUCAAGUAUGGAUUAGCCAUGACAUUUUACAUGACACGUGUGUAUAGUAAGCUUCAUGCACAGCAACUGUUUAUGCAAUAAAACAAAUUUACUGUGAGGUGUGCUUUUCACCAUCCCUGCCAGUGAUGUGAUUGGGUAUAGACAGAUAAGACAAUGGUGCAAGGUGCACGAUACCCAGAGAGAAAUGAAUCAAGCUCUUUAUCUGCCAGUUACAUGCUAUGCAGCGAGCAGCUACCUCAAGCUGUUAAUACGUUGAUACACUCUCUCGUUUUCCUAAGAUCACAACAGCUGUCCCCCUCCUUCCCCUCUCUCUCUCUCUCUCUCCCACUCUCUCUCUCUCUCUCUCUCUCUCUCUCUCUCUCUCUCUCUCUCUCUCUCUCUCCUCUCUCCUCUCACCCGGUGCAUUGAUAUGCUGUGAGCAGCACAUUAAUAAAUAGCACAAGCAAUUGAGGUGUGUCAUGGAAGGGAUGGAUCUGCUCCAUUGUGUCGGCUUGCUCCAAGCACAGCAGAGGAUUUCCCUAGCCUACCAGGGGUCUUCUAUAGCCACCCAGCUGCCGAUGUAAGACAUCCCUGUUCUGGGCGUGAAGAAGAGGUUAGAAGAGAACACCACAGGCAUGGAAAGGCAGCCUGAAUAGUUAAUUUAUUUUACCUGUAUACAGUUGUAUUUUGCAUGUGUGACCUGGAUCCACCGGUAUGAGGGACGAGAAGAAGGAAGACUGCCUUUGGAGUUGCUUGGGUCUUGUGCAGCAGGAUUCCUAUCAGUCUUAAGGUGCAAUGUGCUGGUGUUAUGGAUUGGAUUGCCUCUCUCUUACCUGAGAUGCUACAUUCACACAGCGACGAUUUUUGUUGGGGAUGCUGAAAACCUGGUGGAUUAUUAUUAUUAUGGGUGCCAACCACUCGCACAAAACUCCCGUGUUUGAUGAGGAUGAAGAAGUUAAUUUCGACCACUUUCAAAUUCUACGAGCUAUUGGAAAGGGGAGUUUCGGAAAGGUGUGCAUUGUGCAGAAGCGAGACUCCAAGAAGAUGUAUGCCAUGAAAUACAUGAACAAACAGAAGUGUGUAGAAAGAGAUGAGGUGCGGAAUGUCUUCAGAGAGCUACAGAUCAUGCAGUGCCUUGAACAUCCCUUUCUCGUAAAUCUAUGGUAUUCUUUUCAAGAUGAAGAAGACAUGUUUAUGGUGGUAGAUCUACUGCUGGGGGGAGAUCUCCGUUAUCAUCUGCAGCAGAAUGUGCAUUUUAAUGAGGACACUGUGAAACUUUACAUCUGCGAACUUUCCCAGGCCCUGGACUAUUUACAAAAACAUCACAUAAUUCACAGGGAUAUUAAACCAGAUAAUAUCUUGCUGGAUGAACAUGGACAUGUACACAUUACGGAUUUUAACAUAGCCACAAUUGUCAAAGGAACAGAGAAAGCUUCAUCUAUGGCAGGAACAAAGCCUUAUAUUGCUCCGGAAGUAUUCCAGUCAUUCAUGGAAGCGGGGCCCGGGUACUCCUAUCCUGUAGACUGGUGGUCGUUAGGAAUCACAGCGUACGAGCUACUGAGAGGUUGGAGGCCUUAUGAAAUUCAUUCAACUACUCCUAUAGAUGACAUUCUUAACAUGUUCAAGAUAGAAAGAGUGCAUUAUUCCUCCGCGUGGUGUAAAAACAUGGUGGCAUUACUAAAAAAGCUCCUUACCAAGGACCCAGAGUGCCGAUUUUCAUCUUUUUCUGACAUUCAGAGUUCUCCUUACCUCGCUGAAAUAAACUGGGAUGCCGUUCUGGAGAAAUCAGUUACUCCCAGCUUUGUCCCAAAUAAAGGAAGACUGAACUGCGACCCAACAUUUGAGUUGGAAGAGAUGAUCUUAGAGUCGAAACCUCUUCAUAAGAAGAAAAAGAGACUGGCCAAGUACAAAUCAAGGGAUGCAGCCAAAGACAGCUGUCCACUGAAUGGACACCUGCAGCAGUGCUUAGACACCGUGAGGAAAGAAUUUAUCAUAUACAACAGGGAGAAACUCAAACACCAACCAGAACAAGGUGGACAAGCACCGCAUACAGAGAGCAGAGCACACAGCCAGCCGCACGUGAAGGCUCAGGAUGGACACACCACAAAUAACAACAUUCUAGUACAUGGCUGCACACGAGGCUGCAGCAGCUAGUGGACACCAUGGAAAGUGGAGGACGAUAAGGCGCUGUCUCUUGCAUGCCUUCACUCAGAAACAUGGACUGCUUCUCAGCAGGAUGAAGUACUGCAAGGUCUACAAAGCACAGCUUGUCAAUAAGACUCUACACAUCGCACUAAUAUUACUUUUGUAAAAUGUCCUCUACAGUACACACAGUACAUCAACCAGUAAAAAGGAACAAACUAUAAGAAGUUUUGGAAAAAACUUGCACAUGAUAUUUGCAUCAGCAACUAAUGAGAAUGAAGUGGGAUGAUUGCAGUGUUCACUGUGUAUGCUUAUUAAAUAAGAUUGUGUGGGGGAGGUCUGCUUAUCCUGUUUCAUGUAACAUGAAUUCCUUUGUGAUAUUCAACGUCAAGAAACUCAUAGCAGAACGUCACCCGAAAUGUUUAAUUUAGCCCUGACUGUGACAGCUUGAUUUAGCAAUCUCAACGAGUCUCAGGCCCGACAGUGCAGUUAUCUGCAAUGCUAAGAACACUAGAAGAGUUAUUUGAAAUUCUAUGUGAAAGUAUUCUAAGAUCAGUGAUGCCAAAAGUCUAAUUACAAGCACUCUAUACCAGUGGCAACAAAUUCUAAUUACAAGCACUCUAUACUGGUGGCACCAAAUUCUAAUUACAAGCACUCUAUACCGGUGGCACCAAAUUCUAAUUGCAAGCACUCUAUACCGGUGGUACCAAAUUCUAACUACAAGUACUCUAUGCCAGUGGCACCAAAUUCUAAUUACAAGCACUCUAUACCAGUGGCACCAAAUUCUAAUUACAAGCACCCUAUACCAGUGGCACCAAAUUCUAACUACAAGUACUCUAUUCCAGUGGUGCCAAAUUUUUAUUGUAAAGACUCUAUACCGGUGGCACCAAAUUCUAAUCACUCUAUGAUACAAUACUCUAUAGAACUAAAGCAAAAAAAAACAACAACCCCACCUUAUGGCAUACUAAUUCCUAAUUCCAAGCACCCAAUACCAGUGCUACAACAUUCAUACUUUAAGCAUAAUAAUCAUAGUUACUGUAUAUAGCACUUUUCUCCCGGUAGGACUCAGUGCUUUACAUUUGCAUUCAGGCACAAAAUGCAAAACAAUAUGAUAAGAAAGUCUAAUCUCACUCUGUACCAGUUAUCAUUGUAUUCACCCUGAUACAGAACUGUUAUUCUGUACACUAUACAGCAGUGAUAAACUCUGUAUUCACCCUGAUACAGAACUGUUAUUCUGUACACUAUACAGCAGUGAUAAACUCUAAAGCACACCAUACCAGGGAUCCGAAGAUCUCACUCCGAGCACCCUAUACAUAUAAUAUAGGUCAGAUCAUAGUCAUAACUUCAUCUCUGUAUCAUUGAUUCUCGCCAGCUCUAAGCUUUGUAUGGGCUGUAUGUAAGAUGCUGCGACUCUACAGCAUACGUCUCUCUCCAUACUACUGAGUAAUGAGGGACACAAUGUACACAGAGAAUAAGCUUGUCCAGCUGACCUGGUCCUGUGCACUCUCAUGUAUAUACUGUAUGUUACAAUUCUCAGAUCUUAGGUAAUGCUAUGAAUAUAUAUCUGGUGAGUGACUGAGCAUCUACAAGGACAUUUAUAGUUGCUUCAAAUCUCUUAAUUCGUUCUAAGUAAAAAAAAAAUUCCAGCUCAUUAAAGGUCUGAUUCAAUCCCACAUGAAGCCAAUGUCCACGUACCUGAGCAAUGUUUUCCUACAGCGUAUAUGCACCAGGGAAGGAUACUGUAGCAACAGGCUGGGGCAUAUUAAGAGAGGUGGGGACCCGUGUGCAGUCUUCAUCUCCCUUCCUCUCUAGCCGGAAGCAGUGUGUGUAAAUGCUAGUAGACUGUAUCACUAUGCUAGAGUCUACUAGAAGAAGAGUAGGUCUCUGGGAAAAUGACAUCGUUUUCCUUGUGAUUUUGCAACAUUGCUGCUGCUGAAGUGGGACUCUGGAGAGGUAAGUAUAGGAGAAAUGGAUGCAGCGCGUGUGAUGUGGGCCCCAUGCACUCUGCACCCAUUACAUAUACGUCAUUGGUCUCUGGGGGGAUUACACCAAAAGAUGAGGCCACAUAUGUGUCUACUUCUGAAUCAGGCACUUCAUGUCUGCCAUUUCAUUGCUUCAAAACAAGCAACUGGACAAAGCAUCCGGGAUAUAUGAUUUUACUGUUACGCUAAUAAAUUACCUUUUGUUUGCCGCCUCUGUCUUGCAACUUUGCCGUAAGUUGCUGGACUGUACAAAUGCCACAAUGUGUGAUGUGCACAAUACCUUUACCUGUUCUGUAUUUUGUGAUGUUUAAUUCAUGUGGAGUCACAUACUUUGUUAUAUGACUUAAAUGUGUGUAUUUAUGUAUAUGAUUAAAUAUGAAUAACCUCCUGCACUUUGGAUCCUUUCUCUCUGCUGUUACUGUACUAUUACAGGUUGGGAACUGAUACUGUGACUUUGGGCACUGCAACAUGGUUUUCCUAUAGUGUCCACUCCUCACCCUCCUUAUCAAAGAGUUUUUCACUAUGUCAGAUCUGCACAGUAUGUUUACACUAAUGUGUAUUUUGAUAAGUGACACCCUAAAAAGUUUCUAUACUUUAUUUUGUCAAGUCUGCAUCCCACAGCCAAUGUUUUCAUCCUUCCAACUUUUUUAACAAAACUGAAUUUCUUAAUAUAUACAUUACUUUCGUUACAAGCUUUUCUAUAUUUAUUGUAUCAUUUUGUAUCAUUAUUUUGUAUGAAAUCUUUUUAUUUACAUAUGAAGCGAUUUAUAAAUUAUUUUCUCAUAUUAUUAUUUUUUAUCAUACUUUCAUAAAUGUUUUUUUUCAUGAUAUAUUGCCCAUAUUGGAAUUGUAACUUGUAAUAAAAAAUCAAAGCAUGCAUUUUAUUUAAAGGAAACACAUUAGAUCCCUGCGGUCUGCACAGUUAUGUACAGAGGAAUAAGCACAAUGUCUUCAGGAUAACACAAUCUGAAAAGCUUUGGUCAAAUAAAAUGUUCAUUGCUCAACAA